UACAUUAUGCAUUUUCUUUCAUACAGAAAAUACAUUCCGACACAUUUGACCAAAUCAAUUAUUAUCCAUUUGAUAAAAAUUGUCAGUAUUAUUAAAUGGUGAGAUCUAUAAGAGAUCCAUAUACCUAUGCUAGAUUUUGAUACUAAAACCAAAUUGAUUGGCUUUUAUUUCAGUAAUUAAACAAUAUUAGUAUCUUAUUUUAUAUGUAUACUGUUUUUAUUGAAAUUCAAUGUUUUGCCCCGAUGCCAAUCAACAAUAUCAAUUGAAUAUGGUAACCAAUUAUUUGGAGAUCAAUAAUCGUCCUUAUAGGACCUCAGAUGUUGAUGACUUCCUCAAUAUUUAUGGUGGUGACGAUAGGGUGACAAGGUUCACUAUAUGGAACAGUUUCACUUCCAAUAAAGAAGCACUUUUCUACAUCAACACCUGUAUUCCCCACCCUUAUUGCAAAUCCAUAUGCAUCAAUGAAUGUUCAAUCGGAUUCAUGAUCAUCAUGCCCCGAGAUGGCGAUGACAAGUUUAGGGCUGAAGUUGGCUAUGUCUGGGCUGCUGAGCACUGGUGCCAAGGUAUAACAACUACAGCUCUAAAGAGGGCUAUUUCUAAUGGUUUUAGAGAGUUUCCAGAUUUGAUCUGAAUGCAAGCUUUGGUUGAAAAUAGAGAACAGAGCUUCUCAAAGGGUCUUGGAAAAGCUUGGGUUUCAAAAUGAUGUUGUCCUUAGAAAUUAUACAAGGUCAAGUAAGAGAUACGGUCCUGUACAGUCUUUUGUCUAGUGAUCUCAUGUCUUAAUGAAAUGUCUAUUUAUAGCUGUUUGAAAGUUCCAUUAUUUUUUUUAUGCUUUGUUGUACUUUAUAUUAGUCACAUAAUUAGAAAAAAAAUCAAAAUAUCUGCAAUAUUUUUUUAAGGAAAAUAUUCACUAUAUAUAGAGCAUUGUUAUUUGGGAACUGUGUCUUUUAAUUAUUUAUUAAAUUAAAAUGUGUAGACGAGAUAUUAAUUUUUUUAUGAAAUGGUUGCUAUAGAUAUUGUUUAAGAUUGGUAACCAUUUCAAACUACAAAUCUUUCAAUUCAAACCAUGGACUUCUCAAGAAUUUCCCUUCGUCCAUUAAAGCUUUCAGAUGCAAAUGACUACUUGAUAUUGGCCAGUGAUGACAGAGUCACCCGCUACCUUAGGUGGAACACCAUAACAUCUAAAGAAGAAGCCUUGACGUACAUUGAGAAGGUUGCUAUACCUCAUCCAUGGCGGCGGGCGAUAUGUUUGGAUGACCGUUGCAUCGGCUAUGUCUCAGUCAAGCCAGAGUCUGGUGACAACAAAUGCCGGGCACACCUUAGCUAUGCUGUGGGAGCAGGCUACUGGGGCCAGGGUAUUGUCACUACGGCAGUAAAGAUGGCUAUCACUUUGGUGUUUAAUGAGUUUCCUGGUUUGGCGAGGCUUGAGGCUUUAGUUGAGGUUGAGAAUAGUGCUUCACAAAGGGUACUAGAAAAGGUUGGGUUCUUAAAAGAAGGGAUGUAGAGAAAAUAUGGCUUCUGUAAGGGUCAAAUUAGAGAUAUGUUUAUGUAUAGCUUCUUAUCAACAGAUAAGAUUCUGUGACUCUGAUUAUUGUUUAUGUAAUGUAAUGUUUGUGAUCAAUAAAGAGACAUUUUGUGGCUUCAAAACCCAAUCCAAGUCCUUUGAUUGGCUUCUUUAUUAUAAACUAAAUUUUAACUUCACUAAAAAAAAAACUACAUGAUAGAACAAACUAUAGUAAAGUGUUAGAAUCGGUAGAAAGGAAACUAAACAUUAUCAUGUCUCUACAAUUUCCCUUGAGCAAGAAGUACUUCCUAAGAAUCCCUUCUCUUUGAAACCCAGCUUUCUCAAGAACCCUAUGAGAACCUAUAUUUUCCACAUCUACCAAAGCUUCAAUCCUCUCCAAAUGUGGCCACUCUUUGAAUAUGGUCUCAGCAACUAUUUUCACAGCCAUGGUUGCAAUUCCUUUACCCCAAUACUUGGACCCCAGACCAUAACCGAGUUCUGCUCUACAUUGAUCAUUGCCCGAAUUGGGUGUCACCAAAACAUAGCCAAUUGGGGUAUUGUCAAUACAGAUUGCCCUGAACCAGGGGUGAGGGAUCACCUUAUCUCUGAUGUAGUUUAUGCCAUCUUCUUUGCUGGUGAAAGGUUCCCAAGUGCAAAAAAUAGGCACCUUUUUGUCUGUCGCCCAUACCAUGAAAGCAUCUAUGUCAGAAAGAUCCAAAGGUCUAAGAUUGAUGGAAGAUAUCUUUGAGAAACCAUCACCACCUUCUGUACAAGUUCCAUGAUCUGAGUUGUAAGCACUUUCCUGCAUAUUUUUUGAUUUGAGAAACUAAAAAAGUUGUGGGAAAUUAUAAGAUUUGUUGAGAUCUGUAAAAUAUGAUGCAAGGAGGUGAAAGAUAUUAUAGAGU